UCUGCGCUUCUUUCUCGGGAGUCCUCCCUGCGGUUUAGGUCAGUGAAUAAAGUCGGUUACGUUAGAAGCAGAAUUUCCUGCGUUGUCUUCUCGACAAUGGGUUCGCAAGGACGGCUGCUUUGGGCGACCCUCCUCGGGCUGGCGGUGUCGGUGAGGUGCGUGCGCCGGAGCGAGCUCUUCCCGCACGGAGAGGGCGCGGGGGACGGCGUUCUCCCGCACGGGAAUGACCAAACGCAGGAGGUGCGGCUGGACAAACCUGUGUUGUUCUACGAUGGGACAUUUGACCGUGUUUACGUCAACACCAACGGGUUUGUGGCCCUCGGGCUGCCGGUACCCGAGUCGGAGUACCUGGGGAACAUGCCCGCGGGCUUCGGGAUGAUCGCCGCCCUGGUGGGGGACCUGGACACCAGCGACAGGUUGGGGCAGGUGUACUACCGCCAGGACUCCACCCCCGCCACGCUGCGGCGGGCUGCUGGACUCGUCAACCGCGCCUUCCCCGAGGACAAGGCCGUGGAGCCACACCAUUCGCUGGUGGUCACAUGGGUGGGCGUGGCCCCCCAUGACCCUCAGAAUGGAGGAAAUCGGCUGCGGAACACCUUCCAGCUGGUGAUGGCAUCGAGCGAGACGGCCUCCUACGCCGUGCUGCUGUACCCCACCGACGGGAUGCAGUUCCUCUCCACGCCUCUAGUGGGCAGGACUGAGCCCAUGCGGGCCGGCUUCGGGAAAGGCCUGGUGACGUUCCUCCUCUGGAGCACCCGACAGGGCCCGUACGAGUGGAUUACCACCGACGAGGAGGCCUCCGUCAGAAAGCUGUCUGAGCAGACAAACGCGGGCCAGCAGGGCGUGUGGGUCUACGAGAUUGGGACAACCCCCUAUUUCUCGGUCAUCGCCCCCGGCGAGGUGACGGAGCUGCCAAGGGAGGUGCCCCGGGGGCGGGUGGAGGACGACAACAGGGGAGACGUGGGGCGCCCCCGACCCCCCAUCCAGCAGGAGGUGGAGUACCCCCCCUACGAGCCUGACCCCGUGCAGCCCCAAAGACCCGUCUACCCCCUGCCUGAGGAACAGCACCCGCGGGAGCCUGGCCAGGACCCCAUCGUUCACCACCCCAUCCAGAUCCACCCCGUCCGGGAAUCGGACCGGCCCGAGCAGGAACCGGCGCCCCCGGUCCUGGCCAAUCCAGUCCAGUACCAGCCACAGAACCCUCAAGUGGUGGAGGUGGAGGUGGAGGAGAGUGACAUUAACGUGGACGUGUUCUCCUACAACAUUGAGACCUGCGCUAACAACGGAAGGAAGUGCUCCACCUUCGCUGACUGCAAGGACUACCCCAACGGCUACUGCUGCCAUUGCCGCCCUGGUUUCUAUGGCAACGGCAAGCAGUGUGUAGCAGAAGGCAAGCCGCAGAGGAUGAACGGGAAGGUGAGCGGGCGGGUGUUUGUGGGCUCCUCCUCCUCGCCGGUGGAGAUCAGCGGGAACGACCUGCACUCGUACGUGGUGGCCAACGACGGACGGGCGUACGUGGCCAUCAGCACCAUCCCGCCCCAGCUCGGCCCCUCCCUGCUGCCACUCUCCUCCCUGGGGGGGGUGAUAGGCUGGGCCUUCGCCCUGCAGCAGCCCGGGCACAAGAACGGCUUCAGCAUCAUCGGCGGGGAAUUCAUGAGGCAGGCCGAGGUGACCUUCCUGCCCGGUCACGAGAAGCUGACCAUCAAGCAGGAGUUUAAGGGCAUCGACGAGCACGACCACCUGAUCGUCAACACCGACCUGGACGGCAGAGUUCCUGAGAUCCCCCUGGGCACCAGCGUGAACAUCGACCCCUACUCCGAGAUCUACCACUACAGCAACAACAUCAUCACGUCCUCCGCCACGCGGGACUACACGCUGAACCAUCCCGACGGGACCACGGAGACCAGGACCUUCCAGUGGAGGCAGACGGUGCUGUUCCAGAGCUGCCCCCACGACGAGUCCAGCAGGAACGUCGUCCCCACCCAGCAGCUCUCCGUCGACCAGGUGUUCGUCAUGUAUGACGUCGGCAACCAGCUCGUCCGCUACGCCAUGAGCAACAAGAUCGGCUCCAUCCACGGUGGGCAGCCCGAGGAGAACCCCUGCUUCUCUGGACGGCACGGAUGUGACACUAACGCCGUUUGCCGCCCCGGCCAGGGGGCCCAGUUCAGCUGCGAGUGUGGCUCCGGGUUCACAGGAGACGGGCGCCGGUGCUACGAUGUCGAUGAGUGCAGAGAGAACCCACAGGUCUGCGGGCGCAACGCACUCUGCAGCAAUCAGCCCGGAACCUUCCGCUGUGAGUGUGUGGACGGAUAUCAGUUUGCCAUCGACGGGAGGACGUGUGAGGAAGCGGACCGGCUCGUAGACCACUGCCAGGAGGGCAGCCAUGACUGUGACGUUCCAGAGCGGGCUCAGUGCAGCUUCACGGGCGGGAACUCCUACACCUGCUCCUGCCUGCCCGGCUUCUUCGGGGACGGGCGGAGAUGCCAGGAUAUUGACGAGUGCCAGCCCGGCAGGUGCCACCAGGACGCCAUUUGCUACAACACUCAGGGGUCCUACACCUGCCAGUGCAGGCCCGGUUUCCACGGCGAUGGUGUCCAGUGUUCCUCUGAACAUGAGAAGACGCAGUGCCAGGUGCAUCGGGAGCGGGCCCUGUCGGGUGCGUUGGGGCCCCGGGGCCCACGGCCCCUCCCUGGGCAGUACGUGCCCACCUGCGAUGCCCGGGGGGCGUACGAGCCCACGCAGUGCCACGUGAGCGUGGGGCAGUGCUGGUGUGUGGACCGGCAGGGGGGCGAGAUCCCCGGAACCCGCACGGGACGCGGCGGCACGCCCAUGUGCAUCGAGCCGGAGCCCCCGGUGCCGGUGGGCCCCACGCCCCGGCCGGACGUGCACCCCCUGCCCGAGGGGACCCACCUGCUGUUCGCGCAGAGCGGGAAGAUCGAGCACGUCCCCCUGCAGGGGUACGACCUGCAGAAGGACCGGGCCAAGGCCGUCCUGCACCUGCCUGAGAAAGUGGUGAUCGGCGUGGCCUACGACUGCGUGGACAAGAUGGUGUACUGGACCGACAUCAGCACCCCCGCCAUCAGCCGAGCCAGCCUGCAGGGCGGGGAUCCUGCCCCCAUCAUCACUGCAGACCUGGGGAGCCCCGAGGGGCUGGCUGUGGACCACCUGGGCCGGACCCUGUUCUGGACCGACUCCAUGCGGGACCGGAUCGAGGUGGCCUCCCUGGACGGCACAAAGAGACGCGUGCUGUUCGACACGGACCUCAUCAACCCCCGCGCCAUUGUCGCCGACCCUGCCAGCGGGUACCUCUACUGGGCCGACUGGAACCGGGAUGCUCCCAAAAUCGAAUCCUCUUACAUGGACGGGACCAACCGGAAGGUUCUGGUGAAGGACGACCUGGGGCUGCCCAACGCUUUGACCUAUGACCCCCAGAGCUCCCUGCUGUGUUGGGCUGACGCUGGGACCCACAAGGUGGAGUGCUUGAACCCUACCCGGAGCGACCGCAAGACCGUGCUAGAGGGCCUGCAGUACCCCUUCGGAAUGACGUCCUACGGGAAGAACCUCUACUACACCGACUGGGAGAAAGAUGCGCUGGUGGUGGUGGACCGGCCCGAGGGGAAGGAAUCGGACCGGUUCCAGCCUCAGAAACGAUCGCGGCUGUACGGAAUCACCGCAGCCUUCUCUCAGUGCCCUGCAGGGCGAAACUAUUGUGCGGUCAACAACGGAGGCUGCACGCAUUUGUGUCUAGCGACCCCUAGUGGCCGCUCGUGUCUCUGCCCUGACAACGCCAUCGGAGUGAGCUGUGUGGAGCGAGAGGGCAGAUACUGAAGAGGAGGACUGACAGACAGAUAAACAGACAGACAGGCAGGUGGUCUGUAAUGUCCUGUAUGAGGGUCCGCUCCCGACCCUGUUUCUGGUGCUGAUCCGACUGUCACUGGUCGCUAUAGUUACUCAAUAAGCCUCGGAACACCAGAGAGGGACUACAGUGUUUAACGAUGUCAUUUCUGUAAUCACACCACUUAUAUUUUAAUUAAAAAAAGUGAUUUCCUUCAAGUUCCUUACUCCCCAUUAUAAAAAAAGAAAUAUUGAUUACUGAUUGUUUUUGUUGUAAUUGUAAAUAAAUUAAAUAUUGUCUGAGUGUUUUGAUUUUGCGGUGCUCAUAUGUGGGGGCGGGGGAUGGUUUAGGUUUUGAGGAGUUACUGUGAUAUGCGUCCUCUAAAGCAGAAUGCAACGCGGGGCGCAGACGGCACCGUGCUGCCCCCCACCGCCCCGAACCGUACCCCCCACCCCUUCCCAAACCAUAUCCCCCAUCCCUCCCCCCGUGUCCGUAUUAGGGACAGACCGUAUUAGCAUCCGAAAAACAUGAGACGUUUACAUUCUGUACAGCUACCCAAUAAAACACUGUUUUUUACA